AUGAAAAUGUUCAGCGCUUUGCUGACAGGCCUUUACGGCAGCUUUUUGGCACAUGCGUAUCCCGUUGACCACCCUGCCAAGUUCUCCAGGCUUAUCGUUUUUGGUGAUAGUUUCAGUGAUAACGGGAAUGGUUCUUGGGUCGUGAGCAAUGGGACUUGGCCUGUUGAUCCAGCAUACUACCAUCACUCUUUCUCUAAUGGACCGAAAUGGAACGAUGUAGUGGCCAAGCAGCUGAAUCUUGAGCUCAUCAACCUCGCGACGGGUGGAGCGACUACGAACAAUGAUUUCGUCGCUGGAGGUACAGGUGCUGAGUCGACGAUUCCUGUGCCUUCAGCUGCCGAUCAAGUUCUGUCGUUUCUAUCUUGGGAUAAACCUCAGGCUGGUGAUAUCUUUGUUCAUUGGAUUGGUGCCAAUGAUAUUCUUUUCAACACAAGUAUUACUGGUGGGCAGAUCACGAGUUUGAUCAACGAGAACGUCAACAGAUUAUAUCAAGCCGGUGCAAAGACUAUCAUCUUAGCAAAUUAUCUCAACGCGACGACCUUUCCAGCAACAUAUAAUUCCUCAACCUACAACAUCCCCAGCGUGCAAGACUACGUCCCCGCCUUGACAAAGGGUCUCGAGCAGAUUGCAGCAGGAUACUCAGCAUACGCCAAAACCGCAGUGAUCGACGUGCAGGAUCUAUUCAACGACAUAUUUUCGGAUCCCAAGGCGUACGGGUUCGAUGAAGACUAUGUUAAUCCUCCGACUGCCUGUCUCACCGGCGUUUAUACGAGCGAGGGUGUUCCACGACAUUUAUGCAGUGAUCCCGAGAAGCAUAUUUUCUUCGAUUCAUAUCACCCCGUUAAAGAGGUACAUGCUUUGGUAGCUAAGUUGUUUGUGGAGAGUAUUGAGGGGUUCUCGGCUUGA